AUGGUUUCACAUACAUACCCUCCCCCUGAUCCUCGCACUAUCCUACCCCCAACCAACAACACCCUCUCGUCGAAGGAGCGCUCCGCACUAGUACGCUCAACCAAGAAGAUAGGACGUAUGCUCGGCGAUAUCCCACGCUUUGUCGAUGAUAUUGAAGAUCAGUUCGUCAUGGUAACGCCCCCAAGACCACCCACCCCAGUUGGACCCUCCAAAGAAGACGCGUGGAGGAGUCGUAAACCGACUCACCUCCCCCCACUUAUGAAGCUCUCUGGUGGUAUUGCCAUGGACUCAAGCUCCCCACCCAUGCCCUUACGUACUGCACCCACACGAUGCGCUAGCAUCGUAUCAACUUCCUCUAACAAAUCUUCUAUCCAAGAACACCUUCUCACUCCAUCCAAGGAGGCCGCACACCGGCGCAGCAAAAUCGAACGGCUACGAAGGAAGCUAGGUGAAGAAGUUCCGAUGGAAGCCGUUUUCCCAUCCACCCCUGGCCUGAGGACACCCGUCCCACAUACCGCGAUGCCCGAACGCUCGCGUAAUCAUAGCCGCUCGCGGUCUGUACACCCUUCACAUGACGACACUGUCACAUUCUCGAUAGAUCAACACACCGUCGUCCUCAAAACCUCCACACGAGCUAAUCAACCUCACUCACCUCAUCCUCAUCGUUCCCGCCAUUCGCACAAAUCCGCACACCGCCCGCCGCCAUUGCCUAUGACUGGCCUACCACCGUUGCCCAAGUCCAAGCUUCACCACAUCUCGGACGAAGCGGGCCUAUUGGGCAUAAGGGCAAAGGCAGCGGCAGGCUCUAAAAUUGGCGGUGCAGAAUUCAAGGCCGCAAGACGCGCCAAACGAGAGGGUUUCGGUGAAGUAGAGAUGGUUGGUUUCAUGGGCGGCUUUUAG